AUGGAGAUCAUGUCACCGCGGCCGCCGCAGGAGUUCCUGCUCGACAACGCGGCCGCCGGCGCCUACACCCCAAAGUCCGCGAUCAUGAACCCGUUCGCCUCCACCGACGACGUGGCGGCGGGCAACCCCUUCCUGGCCACCACGGCGGUGACGGCGCCCCCGUCGCCCAACCCGUUCGAGCAACUCCCUCCCGGCGCCUCCGGCGCCGACCCCUUCGACCUCUUCCAGCACUUCACCAGCACUCCCACCAGCCCGGCGCGGGCCGCCGCCAUAUACGCGCAGUUCGACAGCGUCAACGGCGGCGGCGACAAGGACGACGACGACGACGUGGGGUUCCAGCCCCGCGUGUCUUACUCUAUGUCUAAGCCAAUGGUCACCUCCACCGUGCCAUUCGACUGGGAAGAGAAGCCAGGGAAGCCGAAGGCCGAGUUCGCCAGCGUGGCCGCGACGACUGUGGAAGCGGGCGAGAUGGACGACGCGGACUUCGACUUCGGCGUCCUCCUCGACAAGGCCUCCGCGCAGGCGCAAGAACUGACGACGGCGGACGAGCUCUUCGACGAGGGCAAGAUCCGACCUCUGAAGCCUCCGCCGCGUUUACUCGAAAGCGGAAGUGUGGGAUCCUCGCCACGAUCGGUGAGGUCCGUGAUGUGGUCUCCCCGGCUACGGGCCCGCCUGACAGGGCCUGGCAGUGCCAAUGCCAAAUUCGACCCGUUCGCCGCCGCGCUGGCCAAGGCGGCCAAUGCCCCCUCCCCUCCUGGCGCCGGCGCCAAACACGACGCGGGCGGCGUCGACUCAGCCUCUUCUCCCAUGGAUCCCGACGCUGCCACGCCCCCGCCCUCCACUCCUCCGGCCACCAGUAAUGGCGGCGGCAGGAAGAAGUGGCGGCUCAGAGACCUGCUCCUCUUCCGGAGGGCAACCAAAGGCCGGACCGCCGGCAACAUUAGCAAGGACCCGGUAUUCAAGUACGCGCCGGUGCAAGUGCAACAGCCGGUGAAGGCGGCGAGCGCAGGACCCGCGGCUGCCGAUGGCCACGCCUCGGCCGGCAAGAACAAGAAGCGGAGCAAGAAGGCGGCGGCAGCAGAGGGCGGCAUGCCGAUGCCGCAGCGGCAGAACCUAAUGGGCUGCGUCCGGCUGCACCCGGGCCUUCACCGGCUGGCCAAAGGGUUCCACGGCCACCUGGAGCACCUCGGCGGCCGCGGCGCCGCCAGGUCGGCGACGUGA